GGACUGCCUCCGCUCCGCGCUGCGGGCUCGGGAUAAGAGUGCGCGAGCGGGGCGCAGCCGGGCGGCUCCCGCCCGUGCUUCCUCCUCAUCCAAGUGAGCCGCGGACUGCUUCCCGGGAAGAGCCGGCUCGCCCAGCGUCCAGCACCUUUGCCACUUCUCCUCCUCCUCUUCCUCCUCCCCUCCGGCCCUCCCGUCCUCCUCCCUCACCCAAGGAUACUGGGGACUCCCUCCGGAUGCCGCUCGGCAGGCUCAGCGCUCGCAUCCUGCCUUGCCGGGGGCUCUCCUGAUCUCCGUGGAGCUCCUCAUCGCUCGGCCCCGGUGGUUUUGCUCCCCUCCUUCCCCACACACACGCACCCCAUCCCUCCUCUCUCCCCCCCUUCAUCCCCUUCUCUUUUCGCUCCCGGUGGCCUGGUCGGGUGUGUUUUUUGCCUGUUGGAAAAGUCCCUGCUGCCCAGGAUGGGGGUCGGUGGGUGCUUAGCCCUGCCCUGGAGGUGCCUAGUCGUCCUCUGUCUCAGGCUGCUCUUCCUUGUGCCCGCAGGAGUGCCCGUGCGCAGCGGAGAUGCCACCUUCCCCAAAGCCAUGGACAACGUGACAGUGCGGCAAGGGGAGAGCGCCACGCUCAGGUGCACCGUGGACAACCGAGUCACCCGAGUGGCCUGGCUGAACCGCAGCAGCAUCCUCUAUGCCGGCAAUGACAAGUGGUGCUUGGACCCUCGGGUGGUGCUCUUGGCCAACACCAAAACCCAGUACAGCAUCCAGAUCCAAGAUGUGGAUGUCUAUGAUGAAGGCCCAUACACCUGCUCUGUGCAGACAGACAAUCACCCCAAGACAUCACGCGUCCAUCUCAUCGUGCAAGUGUCUCCGAAGAUCACCGAGAUCUCUUCUGACAUCUCCAUCAAUGAGGGCGGCAACGUCAGCCUCAUCUGCAUAGCCACGGGCAGGCCAGAUCCAACAAUCACCUGGAGGCACAUCUCACCCAAAGCCGUGGGCUUCAUCAGUGAGGAUGAGUACCUGGAGAUCACGGGCAUCACACGGGAGCAGUCCGGGGAGUAUGAAUGCAGUGCCUCCAAUGACGUGGCAGCGCCUGUGGUCCAGCGAGUCAAAGUCACUGUCAACUACCCACCGUACAUCUCGGGUGCAAAGAGCACUGGGGUGCCAGUGGGGCAGAAGGGCAUCCUGAUGUGCGAAGCUUCUGCUGUCCCCUCUGCUGACUUCCAGUGGUACAAAGAUGACAAAAGGCUGGCUGAAGGUCAGAAAGGACUGAAGGUGGAGAACAAAGCCUUCUCCUCCAAGCUGACUUUCUUCAACGUCUCCGAGCAGGACUAUGGCAACUACACCUGCGUAGCCUCCAACCAGCUAGGAAACACCAACGCCAGCAUGAUCCUCUAUGAAGAGACAACUACUGCCCUGACACCCUGGAAAGGUCCUGGUGCAGUCCACGAUGGGAACAAUGGCGCGUGGCGGCGAGGAGGCUGCGUGUGGCUCCUGGCCCUGCCGCUCGCCCAGCUCGCCCUCCACUUUUGACCUGAGAAGCCGGCCCGCGGAGCAGCGGCGGCGAUGACCAUGGCCAGCGAGUGCAAGCAGAAGGGAGAGGAGGAAGAACAAGAAGAAGAAGAACAAGAAGAAGAAGAUGAUGUGUUCACCGUUUCCGAAAAUAAUCAUAAGAAUUGAGAGAGUAUCCGGCCAGGCCACCUGGGGAGGGGGAGAGAAGCACCAAACCAUGCAACAAACUGCAAUGAGAAUUUGGAAAGGAGAGAAACAGCGACAAAAGCAGAACAAAUCCCAGGCUUCCUGCUGAAGAUGCAACGCAACUGAGUCUUCUUUUCUUUUUUUCCCUAUAUUUUUUUUUGGUCUCCCAGGCCUUUUUUCUCCCCUUUUUCGCUGUUCUCUGCCCACAGGGGACAAGCAGGGCCAUGGGGCACGGUGCUUCCCACCACCCGCCCGCUCCUUCCCACGGGACCCUCCAUGCAGACGUGCCGGUUCUCUUCUUGGCUGAGAUUUCCCCGUCUUCUCAAGGACUGUGCCGCCAUUUGUGUUCCAGAAUAUAUAUAUAUAUAUCCACAUAUACAUAUAUAUAUAUAUAUAUGUAUAGAUAUAUAGAUCUUCAACAGUUACCACACCACCACAGACAGAAAGGGAGGAAGGAGACAGGCGUCGAGCCACGCGUUCAUCGUACCACCCACGGACAUUGUGAAUGAGAAGGGAUUCUAUAUCAUGGUUCAUUUUAUUAAUUGUAUUUUCUGAUACGAGCCUAGAACUCUUAGUUCCUAAAAAACAGAGAUGCAAAAAAAAACGAGGGGGAAGAAAAAAAUCAAAAGGAGGAAUAAAGAAGAAAGGAAGAAAGGAGAGGAGGAGCGAGCAGAGAGAAGUUGUCAAGCGCCGCGCAGCCAAGGAGGCAUGGAGAAGGAGGAGGAGAAGGAAGAAACCUGUGCAAAAUCCCCCCAAAACCGGCCCGAAAAGCAGUCUGAUGUCUGAACAUUUCUUGCCAAGGGCACGGGCAACUCUCGCCACACGUCGAGGCGGAGGGAGACGCUAAAUCUUUUUAUGGGAUAUAUAUAUACAGUAUAUAUAAAUAUACAUAUAUAUAUAUAUAUAAUUUUUCUUUUUGGUUAGCCUUCUAGCCACGGUUCCCAGCUGGGUCCUUCCGCUGCCAUUACUGCAUGCUGUAUAUGGAGUUAGGUGUGUAUUGGUCCUCAACGAGACCAGCGUCUUGGUCCACAUGUCCCCAAACCCCUUCACCUUUCUGCUCUCGGGUCACCGGUGACAAAGGGCCACGGGGGACCGGGGCCCAUCUCUGUCGCCUUUUGCCAUGGGGCAGGGAUAGGGGGAGAUCUAUGUAGCUCAGUUUUCUAUUUUUAUAUAUAUAUAUAUAUAUAUGUAUGUAUAUGUGUGUGUGUGUUUGCGUGUGUGUGUGUGUGUAUAUAUAUAUA